CAGACGCAAAGACCCAAACAAGCAGAUGAAGUGGGGCAGCACACGAUCUCGUGACGCAAAGACAGAAGCGCAGUUGACAGUUUUUCACGCUGUAAUGUUUUGCAUAGCAACAGCCCCUCCCCCAUCCACCAGACAGGGAUCCUCUGCAAAUUACCCAACGCUGACAAAAACGCAAAACGGCCAGUCUUUUGAGUAAGACUGCCAGUGAAACAACAGUCAUCAGAAGCUCGCAUAUUUGAUUUUCACCUGAUUUUUCGGUGCGCUAAUGAAUCCGAACGAUCGCGUCUUUAACUUGCGCUGCGGCACUGAAACGGUUAAGUGUUUAACCGGAAAGGGGCGAAGUCUGCACAGCAACAAGCGCCAUGAUUGCGUUGCACUGUGCGUCUCAGCAGCUGGUGAGUGAGUGAUUCUUCUUUGCUCCAGUAGUUGCAUGUUACUGUGCGCUUGCAAAAAUCUGUCACGGCUCAUCUUCCCGCGGAUACGGAGGCACGUCCGUGCGUAAUUUGUCGCUGUGGCUCGAUGACGCGGCGGUGAUUUUUGCAGGAUUUAUCUCGCCGAACCGUCUCUCCUUGUUAUUCAGCAACAGAAAACUGACAAAAAAAAAAGGGUUUUGCAGACUGAAAAGUUCUCUGCGGUAGUCGACGUGGGUUUAAUCGCGUUUUAGCGCAUCACAUAAAACGGAGACCCUCAAAAUGAGCCUUUUUCCAUUUCUUUGUUUGGAUACAUGGAGCUGCAAGUCAGUUUCACUUUCGGGAUUGAGCGCCCAGAGCGGGACUGCUCUGUAUCCUUUUCAGAUGCUGCAUGUUCGUGCGUCAUUCAUAUAGUCCCCGUGCAAUCCUUCUGUUUGCGGGUGCGUGUAAUUCUAAAGUUCUCAUUUGAUGUUUUUGACGUCUGGAUCAUGUUCUUACAGGACGCGAUGGAGCGGCUGGAAGAGGAUUUGACGUGUCCAGUCUGCUGCGACCUCUUCGACGACCCGCGGGUCCUGCUGUGCUCGCACACCUUCUGCAGGAAAUGUUUGCAGGAUGUUAUAGAGGCCAACAGAGCUCCGCAUUUCAGAACACCUUUAAGAUGUCCAACCUGCCGCAAAGAGACGCCUCAGAACGGCGCAGACAGCCUGCAGAUCAACUAUUCCAUGCGCAGAAUCGUGGAGAAGUACAGUAAAAUAAGAUCCUUGCCCAGAUUACCGAGUUGCAAACAACACAGCGGACAGCCACUUAACAUGUUUUGCGCCACAGAUUUGAAACUCAUUUGCGGGAUUUGCGCAACGAGCGACGACCACAAAAGCCACGAGUUUUGCUCAUUGGAGGAUGCAUUCGAGAAGGAGAAGGCGGAGUUUGGAGAGUUACAUCGGGUGGUGGAGACCUGGGACAGCGCGAAGAUCCACUCAUGCGUGGAGACGCUGCAAAGCGGCAAAAACGCAGCGCUGCAGCGCGCGUCCGGUGACGCGGAGAAAGUAACGCAGUACUUCGACAGUCUGGUCGGUGCCCUGGAGAGCAAAAAGAGCGAGGUCCUCUCCGAUUUGGAGACGCGCAAGCAGGCAGUGAUGGAAGAGUUCGACCCGGAGAUCACGCAGCUGAGCGCGGCGCUGGAGGAGCAGACGCGCGCGCUUUGCGCUGCGGAGUGCCUCAGGAGCGUCACCGACCCCCAGUGCUUCCUCCUGCAGAUGCAGGAGUUUCGGGAGAGGGUGCGUGUCCUUCGGGAAACCCCGAUGCCCACUCGGAAAGACGCCGGUGCCUUCGUGCGUAAUUUCGAUGUCCAAAAAUGGGACUCGGUCAGACUCAGAGAUGUGGACAAGAUCUCUGUUCCACACAGAGCGGAGUGUUCCCGCGCAGCUCGCACACUAAUGGCACUGCUCGGAGUUCUGCUGUGCUGUGCGUUAAUUUGGAUCCAUCAGGCUGUCAUUCCUGAAUCAUAUCUACACUCUGAGAAGAAAUUUUUCAGUGAAGUUUACACGCAUCUGACUCACACUUUCCUCUACUGUCAAGAGAUGUAUAAAACCUUCGUGGGUGCAGGCCAUGAAUACAUCAACAGCUCUGUUCUCUCAGCUGUCGAUUUUAUUGGCAGUUUCAGGGUAUUUUAAUUACCAGCCUGUGGCGCGUGUGCGCCCCAUGCACACUUUGAUCCCCGAGGAUUUUACGCACUCCAAUGUGUUAAAAAAAAGUCACAUUGGCAACAUUUUUGGAGCUCGGGGUUGACUUGGUUAAAACAGCAAUAAUUUCUAAUAUAUUUUGAAAUGGAUUUCUUUUGCUGAAUUUUUUUUUUUACCUCCAUGUGAUCAGUUAGGGCUGUCAAAUAAAACACGAAUGUGAGA